AUGGGGUCAUUCCCCCAUAUUUUAGCAGGGCCCGAGUGGGUCUUUGCAGCCUGGCGGGACCCCAAGGGAGAGCGAGCACAGGAGUUAGAGCAUUUGGCCCCCAAGCACCCCAACCUGGUCAUCAUCCCACUUGCCCAGCCGCUCACCUGGCAUGCUGUGCGCACCACAGCAACCCACUCUGCUCCAGGGAACAUCGCUUCCCCUUGCCUCCAGCUCCUGGAGCUGGGAGAUCCCAGGCAGGCAUUCCUGCCCUUGCUGAAGAAGGCUGCCCAGGGAAGCUCGAGCUCUGAGCUGAGCUGCAGCAAGGCAGCCAUCAUCAACAUGUCCAGCAUUGUUGGCUCCAUUGAGAAAAUGUGUUUAUGGAACAAUGUGCAAUAUAUCUCAUACCGCUGCAGCAAGGCUGCUCUGAACAUGCUCACCAAGUGCCAGUCCUUGGGGUACUGGCAACACAGCAUCCUCUGCGCUGCUCUCCACCCUGGCUGGGUGCAAAUGGACAUGGGGAACUCAGCAGGACACAAGAUAGGAUGUUUUCUGGGGCAGCCCCCACUGAUGGUGGACGUGAGCGUACAAGGAAUGCUGAAUGUGCUCUGCUCCCUCUCCGAGAAGGACACGGGGACUUUCCUGGACUGGGAAGGGAAAGCACUGCCCUGGUGA